AUGGCGACAUUUACGAUGAGACGACUUCGUCUCCACACGAGUCAGGUGAAGACACUCCGAGCGUCAAGCUUGGCUGAGGGUCUACGCAGCGCCUUGGGGCACCUGUUCCGUAUUGCAGUCUCUUUCUCACUACUCUUCAUGGAUAAUACGAUUUUGAUGGUGGCGGUCUUGCUCGCGCGACUGCGGCCCGCCGAUCGGCACCAGGCAUUAUCGAAUGACGGACAGCCCUACCCCAAGACGAUGCUGAUCACAGGAAUCGGUACAUCGCAUGGCCUGGCCCUCGCACGAGCAUGGAAGGCUGAAGGCCACCGUGUAGUGGGUGCAGAUGUCGUGGAUCUUGAUCUACCUAUUCGAUCAGGCGGGAGCAUGUCCAGGACACUCGUCGCAUUCUACCAGGUCCCCACUGACCAUUAUAUCUCAAAAAUCUUAGAAAUUAUUCAGCGCGAGGAGAUUGACCUCUGGGUUCCGUGCUCGCCUAGGGUCACCGCUAUCGAAGAUGCCACGGCUCGGCAAGUCGUCGAGAGUCGGACCAUCUGCAAAUGCAUUGCAUUUGAUGCCGAUUUGGUUGCAUGUUUUGUUCGCCCGGAUUCAUUCAAGCACUUCUUAGUGGAGCGAGAUCUUCCCGUAUUGGAGCAUUUUCAGGUACAAUCGCGCGACUCUAUUCACAAAAUCUUGCACCGAACCCCAGCCAAGUCUUAUCGCCUCAGCUCGGGUGGAAGUGAAUCAGCCGUCUCGCUGCCAAAGCGGACACUUAGCAGAACAUACUCGGAGAUUAGCGAGCUCAACAUCUCCAAGGAAAAUCCUUGGACUCUGCAGCAACAAAACCGACUGGGAGAGUUUUUUGCAGAUCUGUUGGUCAUACAAGGCCAUGUUCAGGCCAUCAAGGUCCGACUCGCGGGUACUCGAUCUCCUCAUUGGGGUGCCUCGAGACUCGACGAAGCCCUGGCCGCCGCCAUCCAUCGGCUCAUGCAGAGUUUUGCGAGCAAAGUAGGCCCGCGGAUGACCGGUCAUCUUUCAGUUCGGCUGCUGGUUGAUGAGGAAUCUGACAUUUCGUCCGUUCGCCAUACCAUCUACAUCGGGGAUUGUAUUUCAGGAGCAGCAGCUUUCAAUAAUCUGUUGCGCAAUGCACCAUGUCCUGUCUCUGGUUACCUUGCAGCCCUCGACUCAGCCCCAACGGAGCCUCCCGCUUGGAAGGUGAUGGCUACCUUAUCGCCCAACAAGCCUCCGUGGCUGACCUUGCUGGAUAACAAUUUUGUGGCCCAUCUACUACCGUAUUCCAAUACUGUGAAACAUGCAAUCACAUCUCUUGAAGGAACACUUGAGCCGUUCCUCUUCUGGGUGAAUCCGCGGUUCUCAUAUCUCGACCCCGUCCCCUGGUGGUGGCAUGUGCAUGUUUACCAGCCACUGCGAGAAAUCUGGAUGUUAGUGAAGCAAACUCGGGCCGCAUUUUUGGCCGGAUAUUUUGACGAUUGA